AUGACGCAGAAACAAGAUACAACUCUGCAACAAAACCUACAAUAUCAGCAAAAGACCGAUUUUGCUAUUAAGGAAUUACAUACUCAAAUUGGGCAGUUGGCAACCGAUAUGAAUCAAUUGAAUCCUCUAAACUUCCAAUCUCAACCUCUUGUUAAUCCAAUAGAGCAUGUUAAUGCAGUAAUGUUGAGAAGCGAAAAGCAGUUAGAGCCAAACCAGCAGAGACAGAUUGCUGGCGACUUAGAUCAGGAAGAAGAGGUGAAAACUGAGCCUAGGAAAAAGUCAAUUCCCUUUAGAAAAUCUAAGGUUUCGGUUCCUACACAUAAUACACCACCUCCUUUUCUAAGUCGUUUUUCCAAGUCUAAAAAGCAAGAUCAAGACAAAGAAAUCUUGGACAUCUUCAGUAAGUUGGAAAUCAGCAUCCCACUUAUUGAGGACAUCCGGACGGUCCCCAGGUUUACACGAGCUUUGCCAGAUUCAGGAGCAUUUAUUAAUGUUAUGCCUGCUUUAAUUCAUGAUUCUCUUAAUCUUGGUCCUCUCAAAGAGACUCGUCUAGUUCUUCAACUUGCUGAACGAUCUAAUGUUUACCCUAAAGGGGUUGUUGAGAAUAUUUUGGUGCAAGUUAAUGAGUUAAUAUUUCCAGUAUAUUUCUAUGUUCUAGAAAUAAGUGAUGCAAACUCAUCAAAGUCCACACCCUUAUUGGUGGGUAGACCAUUUAUGAGCACUGCUGGAAUGAAGAUUAACGUCCAACAAGGUACCUUGACCAUGGAGUUCGAUGGAGAAGUCGUCUGCUUCAGUAUAUUUAAGGAUACAAGGUAUGCAAGUGAUGUGAACUCUUGUGUUUUAGCUGAUGUCGUGGAAGUAUAUGAAAAAGCGGGGGUCUAA